AUGCUCAAGUGGACGGCCUCAACGCAACGUUUAAACGAGCUUCCCGCGCCGGAGUUGCGUGCGGCGCGACGUCAGCGUCGACAGCGACGCGCGACCAUUGCCAACAAGGAGAAUGUGCCCAGUGUGGGCUACACAUCGACGCCCAUGCCGCUGGCACGGCUGCGCAAUAGUCCGCUGGUGUUGGCGCCGCUCACCGAUAUACGCAACGUGACGCCGGAGUCGUCGCCGUCGCAGGCGGCGGGUCGUCGCGUGGUGCAGAGCGUGCGACACUAUGCAGCCACGUUGCCGCGCUACGAGGAGGAGUAUUCGCCCAGCGCCGGCGCUUUGCCCAACGGUCAGCACUUGGCGCUGCGCGGCCUGCUGCCGCUGGAUCCGUUUCUGGAGCAGCCGCGCUAUAUGGCGGCCACGCAGCAGCUGCGCCAGCGCAGGCUGGAGGCGGACUUUGUGGCCACCAUGGAGCUGCCCGGGGAGCAGGCGCCUCAAGCAACUCAGCCAGCCGCAACGCCAACCGCAUCGCAGCCAGCGCUGCGGCCCGUCACACCGCAGCCAUCGACGCACAUGGGCGAUCAGACGCUGGACAAGCUCAUCGAUGCCAUACUCGAUUCGGCCUGCAAGGCGGACGCCGGCAGCAAGAAGAAGCCGCGCAAGUCCUUCAAUCUGCGCCGGCGCACGCUCGUCAAGCAGCAGCUGGAGACGCAGUGCGUGGCCAUGUUGUCGCCAUCGUAUGCGCCCGGCGAUGAUCCGGCCAGCGAUCUGAGCUUCACGCUGCUGCCGCUGCCGAUGCCGCUGCCCGCCACGCCCGAACCGGCCUCGCCGCUGUCCCAGCUGCCGCACAGUGUGCUCCUGCAGCUGCCCACCCCGCAGCCGCGUGCCCCCACAGCGGUAAAUCCAUCCGAUACCUUUUGCCUGGCCACGCCCGUGCGUCCACUGAAACGGAAUCGUGGCCGGCAGACGCAGCCAGCGCCAGCAGUUGGGGGCGUGGAGACGCCACCGAAGCGCUACAAGGUCGACGCGCGCAACUACUUCGAGGUGGGCCUCGCGCUGCCCUCCAUCUACGUCUAG